AUGGCUUCCUUUCAAGCCCUGCGCAUGCAGUACAGCUCACUGCUAAAUCAAUUCGCAUCGUCCUCAAAGGAUUUCGCAGUGCUGAGCAGCGUCCCCGAACGCUCUCCGCCAGCAAAGACUCUCUUUGAACAUCUCGACCCUAGAUCGCGCCUCCUUCUCCUACUCGCGACUCAAAAUGCUGAUAAGCCCUCCAAACCAGCCUCUUUUGAGGACCGACUCGCCAUGAUGGACCUGUUCGCGCACGACUUGCGCUCCCACUUAGCGACGAGCUUCCCCGAGGGGUUUCGCUCCAAUGAAGAUCUCCCAGCAAUUGAUAUCUGCGUCACCAAGAAGCCUUACUUUGUUGAUAAGGCGACGGCAAUUGAGGCAUCCGAUUGCUAUUCCGGUGCUCUUGAACAGAUCCAUCUCACGGGCUACGAUACCCUGAUCCGCAUCUUUAAUACGAAAUACUACCCACCCGAACACACAUUACAACCAUUAGCCGCGUUAUUUUCAAAGCAUCGCUUACGCGUGACAAUGCGACCAAGUGACGAAUGGGGCAGUAGAGAGGACCAAGAAGAGUUUGUUCGCGCACUUGCUCGUGGUGAUCGAGAGGCCGAAGGCGGACCGAGGGAAUGGGCGCAGAAGAUCCAACUUGUCGAAGGUAGAAAGCCUGGUGAUCCAUCUGUCAGCUCUACUCGUGCGCGAGAUGCGAUUCAUAGUGCUGUUGAGGACCUGGAAUGGUUGGUCCCAGAAAAGGUACGUCAGUAUCUUCUGGCGGAGAAGCCGUAUACUAGAGACAGCCCAAGCACGAGGAUUUAG